AUGGUGUAUAUAGCUGCAGCUACGCUUUUAUUUCAGCUGAUGAAUAUCGCUGUUGACGAAAGCGGUCUGUCGGGCGAAUUAAAAAGUGGAAAUAAUGGUUCAAGUAACAAUCAACAAGGUGAUUAUGCAACCAAGUUGCAAGCCGAUCUCGAAUUGAACAAACAAAAACAUUUAGAACUCGGUAAAAAUGCAAAUGUCCUUUUGAAUGCGGUGAAAACUAAACAUUUGGAGCAUGGUGAAAAGUUGAAAGCUGAUUUGGAAGCGGAAAAAGAAAAACUAUUGGGACACAACAAAGACUUAAACAUCCAUUUGAGCCAAGAUAAAAACUUAGGAAAGUCGGUAAAUAUAGGUGCUGACAUUGGAUUAGACAUCAGAAGCGGUCUGUCGGGCGAAUUAAAAAGUGGAAAUAAUGGUUCAAGUAACAAUCACCAAGGUGAUUAUGCAACCAAGUUGCAAGCCGAUCUCGAAUUGAACAAACAAAAACAUUUAGAACUCGGUAAAAAUGCAAAUGUCCUUUUGAAUGCGGUGAAAACUAAACAUUUGGAGCAUGGUGAAAAGUUGAAAGCUGAUUUGGAAGCGGAAAAAGAAAAACUAUUGGGACACAACAAAGACUUAAACAUCCAUUUGAGCCAAGAUAAAAACUUAGGAAAGUCGGUAAAUAUAGGUGCUGACAUUGGAUUAGACAUCAGAAGCGGUCUGUCGGGCGAAUUAAAAAGUGGAAAUAAUGGUUCAAGUAACAAUCAACAAGGUGAUUAUGCAACCAAGUUGCAAGCCGAUCUCGAAUUGAACAAACAAAAACAUUUAGAACUCGGUAAAAAUGCAAAUGCCCUUUUGAAUGCGGUGAAAACUAAACAUUUGGAGCAUGGUGAAAAGUUGAAAGCUGAUUUGGAAGCGGAAAAAGAAAAACUAUUGGGACACAUCCAUUUGAGCCAAGAUAAAAACUUAGGAAAUAUAGGUUCUGGUUUUGACAUAGAUAACAGAAUCGGAUUCUCAGGGCAAAUAAAAAGUGAAGAUGGCCGUACAAAUACAUUUCAACACGAUGUCAAGAGCAGCCAAGGAAACGAAAAAGAACCGUCCAUUGGGAGUACAGUAAAUGAGUUUGAUAAUUAUAGGAAUGAAAUAGAAAAAGCUUUUUCGCUGUAUCAUGUCAUAACAGAGAAACCUGACAAUGAUAAUCACAGUCAUCAUGACGGUUCAGUAAAAAAGGAAAAUUUUAACGACAAUCAACAAAUCGAUGUAGAAAAAUAUUAUAAAGGUGAAGUAGACGUAGGUCUUGGCAAGUCUAUUAGUCAUAAGGACAGUCACCAUGUGAAAAUUGAUGGUGAAAAUGCAGUAGACAAUCAUCAAAAUAUUUCUAUAAUUAUCUGUAUAAAAAUAUCUUUAUAUAUGUACAUGUUCAGAUCCCAAGAUCAGAAUAAUUAUUUAUUUAAUCUUAAAUGUAUAAAAUUAUGUGAAUAG